UGUCGUUUUCGAAUGAGCCUGUUGUUCACGUUGUGAGGUGCCAGUGUUUCUACAACAUGGGAGUUGGACACGAGAAGUGACUGUGAUGACAGCAUCUGAAGUUUAGUGUGAACAACAGUGUAGCGGAUUAUAUUUUAUGUGCGGGAUCUUACUGUAGAUCUGUCUUUAUUUAGGAGGUUAGCUCGGGGAAACGAGGCACGAUGGUGAAAGAGCAGUUUAGAGAGACUGAUGUGGCCAAAAAAAUAAGCCACAUCUGUUUUGGGAUGAAGUCGGCGGAGCAGAUGAGACAGCAGGCCCACAUACAGGUGGUCAGUAAGAACCUGUACAGUCAGGACACCAGUCACACUCCUCUGCAGUAUGGAGUACUGGACCACCGUAUGGGUACGAGUGAGAAGGACCGUCCGUGUGAGACAUGUGGGAAGAACCUGGCUGAUUGUCUGGGUCACUAUGGAUACCUGGACUUGGAGCUGCCUUGCUUUCAUGUGGGCUAUUUCAAAGCAAUCAUCGGAAUCCUACAGAUGAUCUGCAAGAACUGUUCUCACAUCAUGCUGACCAGAGAGGAGAAGCUGCAGUUCAUGGAUGUGUUGAAGAGGCCCGGACUUGCCUACCUCCAGAAACGUGGCCUGAAAAAGAAGAUAUCUGACAAAUGCCGCAAAAGAACAAUGUGUCUCAAUUGCGCCACAUUAAAUGGACCAGUGAAGAAAUGUGGUUUGCUAAAAAUUAUCCACGAGAAGUAUAAGACAACCAAGAAAGUGGUGGACUCUGUAGUGUCAGACUUCCUUAACUCGUUUGAUAUUGCUAUAGAACACAACAAAGAAGUAGAAGGCUUGCUCAACAGGGCUCAGGAAAACAUGAGUCCGCUGGUGGUGUUGAACCUGUUCAGGAGGAUCCCGUCGGAGGACAUUCCUCUGCUACUGAUGAACCCAGAGGCGGGUAAACCGGCAGACCUCAUCCUGACCCGGCUGCUGGUGCCCCCGCUCUGCAUCCGUCCCUCCGUCGUGUCGGACCUCAAGUCGGGCACGAAUGAGGACGACCUCACCAUGAAACUCACGGAGAUCAUCUUCCUCAACGACGUCAUCAAGAAGCAUCGUAUGUCCGGGGCGAAGACCCAGAUGAUUAUGGAGGACUGGGACUUCCUUCAGCUGCAGUGUGCUCUGUAUAUUAACAGUGAGCUAUCUGGGAUCCCCCUCAACAUGGCCCCUAAGAAAUGGACCAGAGGCUUCGUUCAGAGGCUGAAGGGCAAACAAGGGAGAUUCCGUGGAAACCUGUCUGGAAAAAGAGUGGAUUUCUCUGGGAGAACGGUUAUUUCCCCCGAUCCAAACCUGCGGAUUGAUGAGGUGGCUGUCCCUGUGCAUGUAGCCAAAAUCCUGACCUACCCAGAGAAGGUGAACAAGGCCAAUCUGGAGCUGAUGAGGAAGCUGGUACGCAACGGCCCUGAGGUCCAUCCUGGAGCCAACUUCAUCCAGCAACGACACACGCAGAUGAAGAGGUUUCUAAAGUACGGAAACCGAGACAAGAUGGCCCAGGAGCUGAGGUUUGGAGAUGUGGUGGAGCGACACAUGAUUGACGGAGACAUCGUCCUCUUCAACCGACAGCCCUCUUUGCACAAGCUCAGUAUCAUGGCCCAUAUUGCCAAAGUCAAGCCUCACAGAACGUUCCGGUUCAACGAGUGCGUGUGCACGCCGUACAACGCCGACUUUGACGGGGACGAGAUGAACCUCCAUCUUCCGCAGACGGAGGAGGCCAAGGCUGAAGCCCUGGUGCUGAUGGGGACUAAAGCUAACCUGGUGACCCCCAGAAACGGAGAGCCCCUGAUCGCUGCUAUUCAAGACUUUCUGACAGGAGCCUACCUGUUGACCCUGAAGGACACCUUCUUUGACCGGGCUAAAGCCUGCCAGAUAGUUGCCUCCAUGCUGGUCGGGGUGGAUGAGAAGAUCAAGAUAGCUCUACCCCACCCUGCCAUCCUCAAGCCCAUGACACUGUGGACAGGGAAGCAGAUCUUCGGCCUGAUCCUGAAGCCCAGCAAGGCCUGUCCUGUCAAGGCGAACCUGAGGACCAAGGGCAAACAGUACAGCGGUAAAGGAGAAGACCUGUGCUACAACGAUUCCUUCGUGGUGAUCCAGAACAGCGAGUUGAUGUGCGGCACGAUGGAUAAGGGCACGUUAGGCUCCGGCUCCAAGAAGAACAUCUUCUACAUCCUGCUGAGGGACUGGGGCCAGCUGGAGGCGGCCAACGCCAUGUCACGUCUGGCUCGCAUCGCCCCCACCUACCUCUCUAACCGGGGGUUCUCCAUCGGGAUUGGCGAUGUCACCCCGGGCCAGGGCCUGUUAAAGGCCAAACAGGACCUGCUGGACGGGGGCUAUGCCAAGUGUGACGAGUACAUUGACGCCUUGAAGACCGGGAAGCUCCAGCAACAGCCGGGCUGCACCGCUGAGGAGACCCUGGAGGCUCUCAUCCUGAAGGAGCUGUCUGUGAUUAGGGACCAUGCUGGCAGCGCGUGCCUCAGGGAACUGGACAAGAGCAACAGCCCUCUCAUCAUGGCUCUUUGCGGUUCCAAAGGCUCUUUCAUCAACAUCUCGCAGAUGAUCGCUUGUGUGGGCCAGCAGGCUAUCAGCGGCUCUCGAGUGCCCGACGGCUUUGAGAACCGCUCGCUGCCACACUUCGAGAAGCACUCCAAACUCCCUGCGGCCAAAGGCUUUGUGGCCGACAGCUUUUAUUCCGGACUCACUCCCACCGAGUUCUUCUUCCACACAAUGGCCGGUCGGGAGGGCCUGGUGGACACCGCAGUCAAAACAGCCGAGACCGGGUACAUGCAGAGACGUCUGGUGAAGUCGUUGGAGGACCUGUGUUCCCAGUACGAUCUCACAGUGCGGAGCUCCACUGGGGACAUCAUCCAGUUCAUCUACGGGGGCGACGGCCUGGAUCCGGCCGACAUGGAAGGCAAGGAUGAACCGCUGGAGUUCAACCGAGUUCUGGAUAACAUCCGGUCCGUCCAUCCUUGUCUAGAGCAGCCGGCCCUCAGUAAGAACGAGUUGGUCCUGACCGCUGAGGCCAUCAUGAAGAGAAGUGACUUCAAGUGCUGUCGAGACAGCUUCCUGGAGGCACUGACAGACACGGGCUCAGAGAAAUACAUGGAGGAGAUCAAGAAGUUCAUUAAGGCUACAUCUGAGAAAAUCAAGAAGACCAGGGACAAAUAUGGCAUCAAUGACAAUGGCUCCACGGAGCCCAAAGUUUUGUAUCAAUUGGACCGUAUCACUCCCACACAGCUAGAGAGGUUUCUGGAGACGUGCAGAGACAAGUACAUGAGAGCUCAGAUGGAGCCGGGUUCAGCAGUAGGAGCCCUCUGUGCCCAGAGUAUAGGGGAGCCUGGCACACAGAUGACCCUGAAGACCUUCCACUUCGCUGGGGUGGCCUCCAUGAACAUCACCCUGGGGGUGCCACGCAUCAAGGAGAUCAUUAACGCGUCUAAGAACAUCAGCACCCCUAUAAUAAGCGCUCACCUGGAUGUGGAUGACGAUGCUGACUUUGGGCGCCUGGUGAAAGGGAGGAUUGAGAAGACCCUUCUGGGAGAGAUUUCAGAGUACAUUGAAGAAGUGUUUCUCCCAGAUGACUGUUUCAUUCUGGUCAAGCUGUCACUGGAGAGGAUUAGGCUGCUACGAUUAGAGGUGAACGCUGAGACGGUGCGCUACUCCAUCUGCAUGUCGAAACUGCGGGUGAAGCCGGGGGACAUAGCUGUGCACGGCGAGGCUGUGGUCUGCGUGUCGCCCAGGGAGAACAGCAAGAGCUCCAUGUACUACGUCCUCCAGUCCCUCAAAGACAACCUGCCCAAGGUGGUUGUGCAGGGGAUCCCUGAGGUGGCCAGGGCUGUCAUUCACAUCGACGAGCAGUCUGGCAAGAACAAGUACAAGCUCCUGGUGGAGGGCGACAACCUGCGUGGUGUCAUGGCAACCCACGGAGUCAACGGCAACAGGACCACUUCUAACAACACCUACGAGGUUGAGAAGACGCUGGGCAUCGAGGCAGCCAGGUCCACCAUUAUUAAUGAGAUCCAGUACACCAUGAUCAAUCACGGCAUGAGCAUUGACAGGAGACAUGUCAUGCUCCUCGCAGACCUCAUGUCCUAUAAGGGUGAGAUCCUGGGUAUCACACGGUUCGGCCUGGCCAAGAUGAAGGAGAGUGUCUUGAUGUUGGCGUCCUUUGAGAAGACUGCGGAUCAUCUCUUCGACGCCGCCUACUUCGGACAGAAGGACUCCGUCUGCGGCGUGUCUGAAUGCAUCAUCAUGGGCAUCCCGAUGAACAUCGGCACGGGUCUGUUCAAGCUGCUGCACAAGGCCGACAAAGACCCCACACCGCCCCGGAGACCCCUGCUCUUUGACAACAGCGAUUUCCACAUCCCUCUGGUCACUUAGUGCCGCCGGACAGCCUGCCUGGCCCCGAAACACUGACGCGCUUCAACGUCAUCAAUCGUCGGCCGUCGGAAAGGCUGUAAUCCAAAGACACAGAGUUGCGUAGUAGUAUGCAGUGUGUGUAUAUAUACGCCCCAGGGUUUCCAAAACCCAUCCGUGGGACCUCUUUACUAGUAACCCCGGAUUCAGUUGAAGUCUUGACGAAAUCACAUGCCGAAAUCAAACAUACGAACUACAUUUUGACCAGGGCUGCCCUCUCACAUCAGAGUGUGCUUUUCCCUCCGAAUGAAUCGCAGCAGCCGUCACAAGGGUCUACACAAGGAGUGUCUUAAAGCUGAGGGUUGGCAUGAUUUUCAUGAAAAUGUAUUACUUUGGUACACUUGUUGUUGUUUUUUUUUUGUUGUUGGCUUUGUUUUGUCAUUGCCUCAUGUCGAGUCGCUGCCAACUGUUACUAUUUAUUUUCCUCAUUGUUUGCUUCGACCCAACUCCCCUCAGCAACCCCCAUCCCAGACAGUGACAGUGUCUUUUAUUAUUGUCAAGCCCAUGAAAGCUGUUUUUUGUUUUGUUUACACAUUCUACAUGAGGUUAGCUUUUAACGCUCAAACUGAGAAUUGUAUUUCUGCUUUGUGCUUUAGAUUUCUGAAUCCACAAUAAAGCGUGCUGACCUUCAGGGGCUCAUAAGUGUAUGGCAUUUGAUUUUAAAUGAGUUCGUGUUGUUCUCUGGCUUCAACAGAAAGCCAUGUCAAGGCAGUUCCCUGGAUUCUAUAUACCAGAGCCAACACUGCUUGGUCAUUUCUAUAUGCGCUUCAUGUGACAAUUAAUAAAUACAUUUGGGCUGAGAGUUGACAGAGCCGAGACAGAA